AUGUUCUACCCCAGCACCGCCGGUAGCGUCGUCUCGUUUGCCGCCCCCGCGUCAAGAGGUUACUACCCCGCCGCGCCGAUGAGCGCUGUCCUGCCGGGCCAGCAUUACUACCCGACCAUGCACGCUGCGCCCGCGUACCCCAUGAGCGCUGCCCCGGUCAUGAUGCAGCAGCCCGCGUACGGCUACGGCCACGCCAUGCCGGCUUACUACGGCCAACCCACCGUCAUCGCCUUCCGGAGAUCGGGGAAGAAGGUGAAGCUAUCGGCAAAACCGAGCGGAGUCUCCUACCGGCGGAGAUGGGCUCUCGUCGAUGCCUCCCAUGGACAAUUUCCUCGACUUCAAAUACUCCCCGAUCCCCCUACAAUCCACGGUGGUGCCGCUGAGCAUCUCGAGAGCGAAAGAGACUGA